AUGGAUCCAAAUCCAACCGACCUCGCCACGCCGCCAGGUCAGCGCCUCCAAUCCCUCAGCGUGCCCACCUCCGUCACAGCUGUCAAUUCGGCCUCCAGCUCGUCGUCACGAGUCAUCACCUUCCCGUACCCUGCCACCACAGGCGAUUCGUCGUCUUUCCUCAACAAAAGCUCUUCUUUUUCUCCUCCAUUUACCCGAACGCCGUACAAGAAGAGCCCAGGGGAGUCGCCCGUUCGCCGCUCCGGUUACACUCGCCUACGACGUCUGGCCAACAGGGGCGUCUUGCGCUGGCUGCUCGUGCUCCUCGCCGUCUUGCUUUCCGCCCACGUCUUCCUCAGCAUCUGCUGUUCCUCCGCCCGCGACGACCUCUUCUUCCUCUCCUCCUAUCUCCCCAAGGAAUGGGUGAGCCCAGGAUUUCAGCUGCCCGGUGGUGGUGCGGGAAAGAACAACCAUAAACCCCGGCAAUGGCUGGAAGAAAACUCAUACCCGAACGACCUGCGCGCGGACCGGCCCAACGCGGCACUGAUUAGUCUGGUGAGAAACCAGGAGCUCGAGGGCAUCCUGCAGAGCAUGCGGCAGUUGGAGUUUCGCUGGAACCGGCGGUACCAGUAUCCCUGGGUCUUUUUCAACGAGAAGCCGUUCUCGGACGAGUUCAAGGCUGCGACCUCGAACGCCACGUCUGCGCGGACAGAGUAUCACCAGGUCCCUCGUGCCCACUGGAACACGCCUCCCCACAUCAACAUGACCCUCUACUACAACUCGCUCGACUACCUCUCGAUGGCGUCGGUCGGCAAGGGCCACCUGCUCAGCUACCACUCGAUGAUACGGUGGCAGUCCGGGUUCUUCUACCUCCACCCGGCGCUGGCGGCGUACGACUACUACUGGCGCGUGGAGCCCGACGUGCACUUCUUCUGCGACAUCCCCUACGACCCGUUCCGCUUCAUGCACGCCACGGGCAUGGUGUACGGCUUCAACAUGGCCAUCCUGGACGACGCGCGCAGCUUCGCCUCGCUGUGGUCGACCACCCGCGAUUUCAUUGCCGCGCACCCGGACCUGGUGCACCCGGACGCCCGCCUCGACUGGCUGCUGGACCCGCAGACGGGCCUCACGUACAACAACUGCCAGUUCUUCUCCAACUUCGAGAUCGGUUCCCUGGGCUUCUUCCGCGACAACCCGGGCAACCGCCGCUACUUCGACUGGCUCGAACGCCAGGGCGGCUUCUACUACAGCCGCUGGGGCGACGCGCCCGUGCACACGCUGAGUGUGACCAUGUUCGCCCCCCCCGAGAGACUGUGGUGGUUCCGCGACAUUGGCUACCAGCACGACAUUGCCCGACACUGUCCGCCGCAGGGACCGAGCGCCAGCACCGCGGAGGGAGGGGAAUCCACAGAGGAAUCAGAAGAGGAGGAAGAAGAAUCAUUAGCAUCAUUAUCCACCCGCUUCUGGCUCCCCGGCUCUGGCCUUGAGAAGACUACCCGCCGACCACGACCACGCCCACGCCCACCGUGCACGUGCGAGCCGACGUCGCUGGACGAGAACUUUUACAAGCUCGUUCCCAUGGAGUCGCCGCAACGCAAGCCCGCCGACACGUGCAUCCGGCUGUGGCUGGGUGGGAAGUGGCUGCGCAAGAAGGCCGGCUGGAGCCAGGAGACGGAGCGCAUGUUGGGCGGCGACGGGUACGGGGGGUAUGUGUUCGACGGGAUGUAA